GAUUAUAAAUACAAAGACUUUUAUUUAAUGCGAGCUCUGUGUGUUCACAUAAAUCUUGAUAAACCAUGCCCUAUAAUGUGAGUUGAUUGAAUCUUACAAAUGUUUUCCUAUCUUUUUACCCAGGAACAAGUCCGGAGGUACAAUGAGUUUGAGAAGAAGAAUCAAGAUGACCGGAUUCCAAGGAAACCCAAGAAAGGUAGAAAGAACGUGGACUUUCUGUUGGGCAAGAACGGCAGGGAGUGGGUCUGGGUGAUGGGUGAACACAAAAACGACAAAUCUAUAGACGAGAUGAUCGAGUUAGAGAUUCAGGAGAGUGCACUCAAGGAGGCCGAGCGCGAGAUCGAGGAGAUCAGAAAUGAAAUGUGGUGAUAAUAAACAGUGUUCCGAGGUCCAAAGAAAAAAUACAAAACAGGAGCAGAGGAAACAUGGACCUCUACAAAAAUUAGAGGUAGGAUCAGGUGGCAUGAAGGAGUCAGCAUUUUCUGCUGAACGGUCCUGACAUUGUAUGACUUUUGGAGUUUAGUGUUUGAUUGUGUAAUUAAUGCAACAAAUCUUGACUCCUGAAUGAUUUUAUGCAAUGGUCAAAAUGCAGCAAAAACAUUUUACCUUUGGAAAAUUUGAAUGCCUCGUAAAAAUCAUACUGAGGUUUUCUGGUCUAUAGUAAAACCCUAUAUAUUAUGUCAUCUGUGUAGUUUUAACUCUUUGUUAAAAAUGGGUUGUUUAAGAUUUCAUUGAUUUUUAAAUGUUUAUUUUAAUUCUGUUUUUCGUAGUUUUAACUUGAUUAUCAAUAAAUUCUACUAUAUUGCGCCAAGGAAAACAUGUAUGAAAAGUUACUGUAAUGAAACCUUUGUUUUGAGUUGGUCAGAGGAACCACAAGUUUCAGGUACUUUUUGAUUUUAGCUUAUAUUUAAGCGUUGACUUUCUGAUAUAUCGGUAAGCAGUGAAUCAAUGUCAUAGUUGGAGUCUAGGAUUUCAAAUGUCCAUAUCUUCAAUAAGAUUGAAAGUAAGGUCAUAAUCCUCCUCCAAGUUAAUUAGUCUACACUACAUGAACAUUUAUUAUAUUCUGAAUGUUUCAAUUUUUUGCAUUGAAUUAAACUUAAUUUUGAAGGAGUUUCCAAAUGCAUGCCUGAGAAAAGGUUUAAAAAGUUUUUAUUUGAAAUUGAAUUUUUCGUAUUUUCAAAUUUAUUUUAACGGAAAAAAAUACACUUAAUGUGAAUAUUGAGCAUUGAAUUUUGACUUUCAUUUGCAACCAUAAAUGUGUAUUUGUCU